CGGAAGUAUACGGAGUACAGAAAAUGGGAAAUCCAAAGCGAGCUGCAGGGGCCAAGGGGCGCAUUUGGCCAACGGUCAUUUGCUUCUUUCCAUCAUACCGGACACCAAUACGAAAAUUCUGUUCACUUAUUCGAGAAGAGUUGAAACGUUGGCCCCGGCCCUUUAGAUAGGGUUACGUGUGCUAUUCAACCUACUCUUAGGGUUUCUAUCGUUCUUUGUUGCCUUUCGACCAUCCUCGACGGCUCUCCCCUUUUGCCGUUACUUCCAUACUACGUGUACACUCCGUACUUCACAAUCUUUCCGAUCGUUGACCUAUCGCCGGGCACUCACAGGUACGGUGCAUAUCAACCGACGUGACAACUCUGCGUACUCCGUACGGAACGCCGAGUCGCCCAGUUGCCUGCCGAGUCCUUUCCCCCCUCCCAGCCACCAAAACUACAAACCACCCAAUCCUACCGAAUUGUCCAACUCCAAAUCAAAAUCACCCUUACUGUGCAGCACGACUGUCCCGUCCAUACAGACCCGGUCGCCUCAACCUCACUUUCAGUGGAUGCACCAACUGCAACUCCCCCCCCCCCCGGUUGACUCGAAACUGCUCCUCGAACCGGGUGAUCGACUCCCUUGCAUCUAACAAAGUCCCAUCCGUCUCGACUCAUCUACUCGCUCAUUCUUAUCUAUCCAGCCAGCAAAACCCCCCGCGCCCUACAGACUAGGUCGGCGUCUGCCGUGAUGCGACCGUCGCAACCUUUCCUCCUCGCCCUCUGAGCAAUCCUGCCAUGCUAUUAAAACAUUCUCCUUUGACAGCUCAGUCCCCCAACAGUCGCAUUCACCCAACGAUCGCAGGGGGCUUGAUUUUGGCGUGUUUCCGGGCCCAGCAAGAUGCCCGGUGUGGGAGUGAUGGGCGCAUCGGUGGACGUACCAGAGCGACCGCUUCUCAGGUCCCACAAGGCGCUCCCGCGGAGGGGCAUCGUGGUCCCUCAGAUCGACCUGAUCCAACCGUCCUCCCCGGAGUCAAAUGGCACAGUUACUGCGGCGCCGUUUCCUCCGUUGACUCCGCCUGGCGCAAACCAGGAAGAGAGCAUGGGAGAGGAACGGACGCCACGGAAUAUCAACUCAUCGCGCUCUGAGAACCAGUCCACGGGCAUCUUGACGCCGCGCCGGCUCUCCAAACCUCCUACCCCCGACGUGACACCGCCGCGCACAACUUCCAUCAAGCGACCGAACCUCAAUCAUAGCGUGCACCUGUCGUCAUCAUCGCGCGCCGAUUCCUUUCAGACUGCCUGCGAGAGCAUCUCGUCUGAUGGAGACAUGGAAACGCCCGUUCGAUCCAGAUCCCAAUCUGCGUCGCAGAAUGCCAAGAAACGAGUACCUUCGACCAACAGACAGAAUGCUCGGAAUGGCGUCAGUGCAAAACUGAAGUAUAAGAAAGAAACCCCACCUUCUGCUUCGCAGCCGCUUAGCGAGACCGAAUAUGAAACUGGUUUUGAGUCGUUCGACGGAGAGUGGAUGUCCAACAAGACCGAUGCGUCUCCAACACCACUGGUGGCUGAGAAGCGCAAGCCUUCAAAGUCCCGAAGUGUGCCAAAGCACAAAACCACAAAGACAAGUACGGACACGCUGGACGUGCUGCAUCUCGAUGAGUCCUUGAUGAGAGAAAAGAAUCUGCGAGAUAGGGUUCAAACAAUGCAUCAAGUGGCCGAGAGUCCGUCGAUGGAACGAUUCCGCGAAGAUAUUGGCUGGCCAUCUAAUGAUGAGCCUUCCCAUGUUGAUGAAGCGGAGUCGCGCCGUUUAUCGGGAGUCUCUUCCACGUCCACAGUCGAGGCGAUGAUCAUCGAUUCUCCGAAAAGGGCCCACCGGUCAUUGCGACACACCGAGAAGAGAAGCUCUCUCCGAUCUGCAAGUUCUCCUAUCACCAGAUCCGAACGUGCAUCCACAGCCUCAAAUACCGAUUCGCAACAUCGUCUUAUUCACAAGGCUGCUCGCAUCUCGGAGCAGGAUCGUCGGAGUAUUUCAUCCGACGUCUCAUUCUCCACCAAGACGACUACGAGCGCACCUCCUAUCCCAGCCGAUAUCAUUCCCGUAGUGGUCAUCCCCGAAAGACGCUCUUCUCUCAAGUCUGGACCCAACAGCUACGCCUCGUCUAAACCCGAUUCGCAGCGAUCCAGCCGACGACCUCCACCGGUAUCAUCAGAUGGCUCGAUGAAUGCCCCGCGACAAAGACCGCGGACCAUGUCGGAUUCCGUAUCUGCAAAGUCCCGAGACAAGGACUCAAGGGGACGCAUCGUUGGUCGACCAGUCGUCCCCCCGCGGAGCUCUUCGCUCUCUGCACCGACAAGUCGCAACAACUCUCGCGCCACGUCGCUGACUUCGGAAAGCCUGCGAAGCCAUACACUGGCUAUGGAUUUGGAGAUACAAAAACGGCGUGAUCAGCAGCCCGUUUCGCCGCCCCGCCAUAAUAUCCUUGGACCCAAUGGUUACGGCAAGACUUUAUUGGAGCCUCCCAAUCUACCGGAUAUUAUGGUUAGCUCAACGGAUGAUAUGGCCACUCUACGGCCGCCGUCAUUACCGUACACACAAUGGUCGAUUCCAUCAUCCUCGCCGGGUCCCAUUGAGAUUCGAGAAGCCACCGCGGUUAGCCUUUUUCCGCACAACAAUCGAUCUCUGCUGUUAGUUGAUCAACGGGUGCCGCAAGACCAACGCGGGUUUGGAAUGUUGAACCGAGGGUUGCCCGCUCGUGAGGCCAACCCGCGGACUCCAGACAACCCCAUUCCAAUAGGAGAAAUAUUUGUGGAAUCUCCGUUGAAAAACCCCCGUCCACCACCUAAACCUCCGGUCUCCAAACCUCUCCCACCGCUCCCGACCCAUGACAUGACGGCGGAUGCUACCACCGGAGGCCUCGUUCGUCGAUGGACUUCUGUUCGACGCACAUGGAGUGCACGCCCUCGGUCGGAUUCAUUCAAUACCAUCACUCGAUCUCUCUCCAUGCGAUCGGCCAAGAAUCGCAAGGCAGGAAUAGAAAUGGACAGCCGCCUACACCCCUUCUGGCGUCCACGAGGAUUCUGGGACGAUGUCCCCGGAUCCCCCAAGAAAGAGAAAUCAGCUAUCCAUACCCCCGCAGAGCCUGGCUUCGUCAGUAACUCACUGGGCCUCCCGCAACAACGGCUCAUCUUUGAGGGGCCUCCUGCUCUCAACCGCCGCAGCCCCGAGAUGAAGCGCUUCUUCAAUGGACUCUCUUCCUCCGCACAUUACCAUGUCAGCCGUGGUAGUCUCGUCGACAAUGGUGGUAUUCUGCGUACCGGAUCGCCGCUAUAUCAGAAUCGCUACCGCACCUUGUCUCGUUGGGGCAUGCGCUGGCGAUCAUUGUCGCUUCGUAGCGUGCGCGCCCAAAUUCGACGAGUCCGUCAGCGUCGCGAAGAGCGGAAACGAGCUGCACGCCGGGAAACGCUGAAGCAGAGUAUCGGUGGCCCCGUGUACGUCGUGUCUAGCGCGACCAAUGGGGUCGUUGGCUGAGCACUAUGUACCUCCCUGCGGCCACCUUUCGGUGGCCAUGAUGUCAAGAUGUACUAUAAGAUAAGCCUCCCUGCGGUUCGGUGGAUACACACUUUGCCUUUGAGUCCGAAUGAAUUGAUAGUUGUUUUUUUUCCGUUUGCACGCCGCUUGCGAGACAAAUGCAUUGUAUAACGUUCAAUUCGUAGUUGUAUAGUCAUUGUGGUAUAAACCAGGACACACCCGAUAAACACCCAUAACGCCUAGACACCAUGAAUGAAAGAUAGUAUCAAUAUCGUCCACCCCAAUAUCCCCUCCCACUGGCCCUCGUCCGCUUCCCCCGUCCACUAACACUCGACCUCCCCCGAAUAGCCAUCGACCCAUACUCAGCCUCCCUCUCUCGCCUAAUCCGCUGCUGAUCGGGCGUCUCAGCGGGUCCCGAUGCCUCUGACAAGAUCUCGCCUCGUCGACGAGUACUGUCUGACACACGUUCACUUUCAUUCUCACCCGCUGACGCGGAGGCAGCAGUAGCCCGUGCUCGCUUUAGCAUCGCUUCCCAGGUCGGCGGGUCCAGAAAGGGCUGGGGAGACGAGGCGAAUGAGAAUUCAACUCGGGCGGGUUUGUUGAUGGUGGAUUCCCUUGUUUCUUCGUCUUGGUUGUUGUCGAGGGGUGGUUUCAUGUGCGUCGUUGCUGGUGAUGUGCUGGGGUUUAGCACUUUGUAUACUUGUUUAGAGUUGGAGGUGGUGUGUGUAGUUGGUGGAAGUAAGGGGCGCUUAUGUGGGAUCAAAAGAGGGCGUUUUGAUGUCAUCUUGAAGGUGG